AUGUCACCUACCGCCACUACAACUGCAAAGCACGUUGCACUCACAGGCGCAAGCGGCUUUGUAGGAGCGCACGUGUUGCGCGAGGCUUUGGCGAGCGGCUACCAGGUGCGCUCGAUUGUGCGAUCGGAGAGCAAGGGAAAAGAGCUGCAACGACUGUUCCCAUCGCCGCGCCACACGCUGGCAUAUGUGAGCGACAUUCGCAAUGCGGACGAGCUGCGCGAAGCCUUCCGAGGCAUCGAUGUGGUGCAGCAUGUUGCAUCACCGUACACACUCAAGUUUCAGGAUGCUGAACGCGACAUGUUGCAGCCUGCCAUUGACGGUACGCUUGCCGUGCUCAAAGCAGCGCACGAUACGCCAUCGAUCAAGCAUGUGCUCAUCACAUCCAGCUUCGCAGCGCAGAAUUGUUACGAAAAGGGGGGAUCGAUCCGCGACUAUACGUACACGGAGAAGGACUGGAAUCCUGCAUCGUACGAAGACGCAAAGAAGUCGGACAAUAAAGUGUACACCUACGCCGCCUCCAAGGGCUUGGCCGAAAAAGCAGCUUGGCAUUUCGUCGAAUCUGCAAAGCCGCAAUUCGUCCUGACCACUUUCAUGCCGCCUGGCAUCAUCGGACCGAUCGUGCACCCCGUGGCCAAGAUGGAGGAUCUCAACACAAGCUGCGCAAAUGUGUGGAGCGUAGUGUCCGGCGCCGCGGGCGGCGUACCUCCUACACUGCUGCCGCAAACGGUGGACGUGCGCGAUGUGGCAAAAGCGCAUGUGGAAGCCAUGUCUCACCCCGAAAAGUCAGCCAAUCAGCGUUUCUCUCUGUGCGGCUACUACAUGGAUUGGCAGCUCGUUGUUGAUUUCCUCAAGUCGCGCUUUCCCGAGCACGCCAGCACCCUCCCCACGGGCACUCCAGGCACGCCUAAUCAACCUGGACCUGUGGCCCAGCUGGACAGCGCAAAGGCCAAGACCCUCCUGGGAAUCGAGUGGACGCCUUGGCAGGAUACAUUUGCCGACCUCACGUCGCAGUUGUAUCAGCUUCACGAGAAUGUCAAGGCGGGCAAGUCGGCUUUGUGA